GAAAUUGCUAAUCUGUCCGGCGUCGUGGCGCGCGAGAGGAGAAGAAUCUCGCACGGGUCUGCAACGUGCGUUAUCAUUCGGCGCGAAUUAUUUGCGCUUUAUUAAUUAUCGAUACUACGAUACUACUACGGUCUUCACCGCCGCCUCCGCGGACAGAGGCGCUUCUGUCCCGCCGUUCCUCUCCGCCCGGUCCGGUUCGUCCGCCCCGCUAUUGCCGCCACCACCGUUGCCACCGCUGCUGUGGCCCCCUCCACCUUGCCUGUGUCGUCGUCAAUCGUCGUCCGCCGCCGCCGCCACCGCCGUCCCGGUGUUCGAGCAGCGCCGCGGCGGUUCCCCUCUAUUGAUCGAAUUUGACCUGCGAAGUUUCCCCUAGCGCGUGUGUGCAGUACAUUGGCGGCCGGCAGUGGCUCUCUCGCGCUCGCGUCCCGAGUCCGGUAGUGCGGUUAAAUAAUCGCGAAUAGCCUCGGUAUGGCCGUGCCAACGGCUUGCACGCGAUUCAGUGACAACUACGACCUGAAGGAGGAACUCGGCAAAGGUGCCUUCUCCGUGGUUCGGCGAUGCGUGCAAAAGAGCACCGGUCACGAGUUCGCUGCAAAAAUCAUAAACACCAAAAAGCUCUCGAACAGAGAUUUCCAGAAACUUGAGCGUGAGGCGCGGAUAUGUAGAAAGCUGCAGCACCCAAAUAUCGUGAGAUUGCACGACAGUAUACAAGAGGAGAAUUUCCAUUAUCUCGUCUUUGACCUAGUCACCGGCGGAGAACUGUUCGAGGACAUCGUCGCCCGGGAAUUCUACAGCGAGGCCGAUGCCUCGCACUGUAUUCAACAAAUCCUGGAAAGCGUUCACCACUGCCACCAUAACGGAGUUGUGCACCGGGAUCUGAAACCGGAAAAUCUACUCCUCGCGAGCAAGAUGAAAGGUGCGGCUGUGAAACUGGCGGACUUCGGUCUGGCGAUCGAGGUGCAGGGUGAAGCACAGGCGUGGUAUGGUUUCGCUGGAACACCCGGCUACCUCAGCCCAGAGGUGCUGAAGAAGGAGCCGUACGGGAAACCAGUCGACAUAUGGGCGUGCGGUGUCAUCCUGUACAUCCUCCUCGUCGGCUACCCGCCGUUCUGGGACGAGGAUCAGCAUCGGCUCUACGCGCAGAUCAAGACCGGAUCGUACGAUUAUCCGAGUCCGGAAUGGGACACCGUCACGCCGGAGGCCAAGAAUCUUAUAAAUCAGAUGCUGACGGUGAAUCCGGGAAAGAGGAUCACUGCCAGCGAGGCACUGAAGCAUCCAUGGAUCUGCCAACGUGAGCGUGUUGCAUCUAGCGUGCACAGACAAGAGACCGUGGACUGCUUGAAGAAAUUCAACGCAAGGCGCAAAUUAAAGGGCGCUAUACUGACGACCAUGCUGGCGACGCGGAACUUUUCCAGUAAGUAUGAUGCACAGGGUCGAAGCAUCAUCACGAAGAAGGGCGAUGGCUCUCAAGUGAAGGAAUCCACCGACAGCAGCACAACGAUCGAGGAUGAUGACGUUAAAGAGGAUAAGAAGGGCGGCGUCGACCGGAGCAGCACGGUCAUUGCCAAAGAACCCGAAGGUACACCUCCGAGCAGCCCCGCGACAAUGUCCGCGUUCUCCAGGGCAGUCGGCGCGGCCACGACCAUGGCGAACAAGCAGGCCCCGAACCAGACCCAGGCCCAGAUUCAGGGUACGGGCAACCCCCUCGGAAUUGCCGCGGUUCUCCUUCAAGGAGCCCAAGCACGCCGACAGGAAAUCAUCAAGAUGACCGAGCAAUUGAUCGAGAGCAUCAACACCGGAGAUUUCGAGGCGUACACGAAAAUCUGUGAUCCACACCUGACCGCGUUCGAACCGGAAGCUCUAGGUAAUUUAGUCGAGGGAAUGGAUUUCCACAAAUUUUACUUUGAUAAUGCAGUCCUGGGGAAGAACUGCAAAGCCGUCAAUACGACGAUCCUGAAUCCCCAUGUCCAUCUGCUCGGCGAGGACGCUGCUUGCAUCGCGUACGUCAGGCUGACGCAGUACAUGGACAAACAAGGCGUAGCGCACACCCAGCAGAGCGAGGAGAGCCGCGUGUGGCACAAGAGGGACAACAAAUGGCAGAACGUGCAUAUCCACCGAAGCGCGGUGACGGGCCCGUCGCCGUUCUCCUUCAACAAAUAAACCGGCCGAGAGGGCUGUCCCGCUGCCGCUCUCGGUGGACGCUCGUCGCACCCUGCCCCGAUAGAGCGCGAUAGGGCGGAUUAACGAACGUUAGGAUUAUACGGAGCACACACGACGUCGUACCCCGGGGGUCCUCGCGACGAAUACACAUGAACACGUACAGAGACACCGACAGGACGGAGCUACGAUCUGGGAGAAGACGCAGCUACGUAACAGCGACGUUCGAAAGAGGAAAUGCUACAGAAACACAAAACAUACUCUACACACGCACACACACACACACAUUCACACAAAAUCUAAACACGUACAUAUUUAAAAGUAGUGCUAAGCGCGACAAGAAACCGAAACCCGCAAGGUAUGCCGCAACCGCCGGCAUGUAUUACUCGCUCCAGUACCUGCUCAGCGUACUUACUAUCUACACUUACGCGUGCAUCGCGCCACGUGUGCCUCAGAGCCUCGACGAGGGAACCACGCGCGAAAGCGGGAUCAUCGGAAGCGCUGAAGAAAACGGAAUCGAUCAUUCGUCUGUUGGUUGAUCACUCGGCCAAUCGAGCGUUCGUUCAUUCGGUGAUCACCGAGGGAUGCGAGGCAGAUAGAUCAACGCUUGUCCACGCUGUCGGCUAACAAAAGGAAUCGCGGAAGAAGGAGAGAGGGGGAGAAAGAAAGAGAGAAGGAAGCAGAAGGUAGAAGAAUGUGUGCCCACGUAUCUUCGAAACAUUCGUCCGCGGCUGUGUCGUCGCGCGACAACAGUUGCCGUCUCCGUCGGCGUCCGUUAAGAAGAUCCUGGACGAAGACAUCGCCUGGAUGCGACACGCGAAAUGGGAGAGACGCGAUGAAGUUACGUGAAAGAUCGAUGAGAAAAACAAUGGAAGCAGCAGGCGCAGCUCGCCGAGCUCGCGUCGCAACUUGCUGGAUGUCGACGUGGACGGCGACGACGUUGAAGAUCUAUCGCGUGAUUAAUCAGACGAUGCAUCACUCCACCACGAUUAGCGGCAAGAAGUUUUGGAAACGGACGCGAGCAUCGUGUCGAAUAUGUACCGAAGAUGGAACCGAAAGCAUCUUGCAUCGGUGGAGUCGACGACGGCAACUGAACUCUAUCGAAAGUACUUUCCCAACCGGAACUGGAUAAGAUGAAUCGUCGUCGGCCACGUUUGUGUAUUUCGCGGCGAAAUUCGUGGAGCAGAUGUUACCGGAAGAAGCAUCCAACGGGGAGACGAGAGAUAUCGUCAUGGUAUCUCUCGGCGGAGCGGGGAAGCUGGGUGAAAUAAAUUGCGGGGAACGGGCGAAGGGCGCAGGAAGAGGAAGGAAGAGCGACGAUGGGGUCGGCUCGGAUCGAUGCUGGGCAUCGACGGGGUCAGUGGCGGUCGAGACAGAAUGAGAAGAGAGGAGGAGAAGGAAGAGGAGGAGGAGGAGAAGCAGCACGAGGAAGAGGAGGAGAACGAGGCGGUGGUACAUCGAAGUGCCGGCGCGGGAGAGAGAACGGGGGAGGAAACAGAGGCGACGUGUGUUGUACAACGGGCGGCAGGGUGGAAAAGCUCGCGGUCAGAAAGCUCGCGACGAGCGACCGGAAGUAGCGGCGCCGCCACGGCGCCGUGCCGUAUUUUACAUUGACGCAACGCGACAGGACAUUCUUCCAUGUGAUUCCCUUCUUCGAAUUCUCGCUCCCGUCCCUCGAGCAGCGAACAGCGAGCUGCAUCUAUGCACGCGCGCGCGCAUGUACAAGAGAGGGCAGAUAUCGACGCGGCGAGAUGCGAAACGCCGCGACCGAGAAUCCAGCGUUUCGUUUUUUAACUUCAUUAACGAUAAGACUUAACUGAGAAGUUAGGAUUCUCGAUAGUUAGUUUCGCGUGGCGCGCACCGUUUGAGCGCUUUCUGCACUCGGUCCGACGUCGGGAUUAAAAGACACCCUUGGGAAGGGAAAGAAGGGAGCGUAGAGCGUGAGAAGAAGUAUCGGCCACGCGAAGAAAUUUAACGUCUCUCUCGCGGAAUCGCGUUUUUACCUAGUGGUGUGCAAGAAAGUACUUCGAGCUUCGUAUUUAACGUAGCGUAAGUUCGACAUUACAUAAGCUUCGAUUGAUUCUGACACGCGGUUUCUAUUGCGAUCUAGCAGGAUCGUUCGAGAGUACACACGACCACCAACCGCUACGAGCGAUUGCGAUGUCCAUGUCGAAUCCUUCACGAUGUUCCUUCCGAGAUGAUAGGCGAGCACCGCCCCGAAUGACCACAAAUAAUAAAUUUAAGAGUCGACAAACUAGCUGCGUGUCGGUCGCGAUGUUCGGUAGAUCGCAUCUCGCUGCGAGAAGUAUCAUCCCUCCCUCUCUCUCUCUCUCUCUCUCCCCCUUUCGUACAUACUCGUGUGUGUACACCCGCGAGCGGAUCCAAAUUACAAGACACAUGGCGCGCGAUUGUCCCAGAGGCAGAGAGGAAGGAGCGAUCUUUAUCAUAGUCACCUCGACGCCGCAAGGCAAUCUGGUGAUUGACGCGACGCGCGUUCUCGUACACUCGACUGUCUUGGACGCCGACGCGUCGCGACGGGCGCCGCCGCCACUCGUAUAUCCGGUGCACAGCCACGCACGCAACACACAUGUACACAUGUGUGCUUCUUCAGAGUCCUGCUGCCUGUAUCCAGGUGUGCUGACUUCUCUCUCUCUCUCUCUCUCAUGUGUAUACAUGUGUAGGUUCUGCAUGUAUACGCACGUGUGCACCGUCGUGCGAAUUUAAUCCACCAUCCUUGACCACCCUGCCCUUUUAGGGUCGAUUCAGACAUAUCCAUGCCGUAUCCGUUCCAUCACUGCAAAGUACUUACAUACUUUAGUUCUGUAUCCGUCUAUUUUCGUUCGGUACGUCUCGGAACGUCAAGAGAGAAAGAUGAAUUUUUCAGUUGAAGAACUUGCAGUGAUUGCACUAAUUUUAGAUGAGGAAGAAAUCGUUUUACACAAAAAAAGAAGCAUGUGUCCGUGAAAUUUGUAAAAAGGGAAAACUUGCUAAAUUUUAACCGCCAACAUAUUCUAUCAAUUUCCAAUCAUCCACUUUAAAUUUUAACAAAAAAAAUUGAAUUAAGGUCCAAAGUGUAAGUGUAGCUAAAUUGCUUCAGAUCUUCGAGCACUCGGAGAAUGCCGUUUCGUGAAAAUAUCGGCGCAGAUCACUGUCUAUGUAUUGACACUGAUACGGACGGCUGAAGUGAAGAAUACUCUCAUAUGAAAUUAUGGAGAAGAUAUUUUCAUCAGUGCACGGAUAUGUCUGAAUCGAUCUUUAGCCGAGUCUUGUAAUUUCAUUUGUCAGUCGAUCUCGUAUCCCCGAGUGUGCACGCAGGUGAACAUACGACUAUUAAGAAAACACCGAAAAGGGAAAAGCCUUCUGAAAGAGGAAUCGGAAUCAUAAAACGGGGGAAAACAAGGGUGUGGUAGACGAAACAGCCCGAGAGAUACAACCAAAAAA